AUGAUUUUAGUUUUUAUUUAUAUAAUCAUCUCUUUUGGUGAUUGGUGCAAAACCAUUUCUUUUGGGAAAGUAAAUAGCUAUGUGCAUAGAUCGAUAAAAAGGAAAAAUAAACUGAUCACAACCAUACUGCAGUGUCAUUUGAAAAACACACUCAGUUUGUUCAUCUGUCAUAUUGUGUUAAUAGGCCAGCUACCAUGGGGGCUUUCUAAAAUGUUUUGUUUGUUAGGGUGGUUAGCAAUUCUAAAUUCCAAGUUUUCUUGGUUGAUGGAUGUUGGAAGACUGUCGAUAGGAUAUGGAAUUGGGGUUCUCUACUAUGUGGUACCAGUUUACAUAGCAGAAAUACAACCUCAAAACCUUCAUGGAGCAUUUACCACUGUUAAUCAGCUGUUAAUCACUACACCAUUUAUAGUUGAUGAUAUGCAUUUGAGUAUCUGUAAUGUGGCUUCUGGGAACUUUCAUUCCUUGGCGAACACAAAUCAGUUUGGGUUUAGGGGCGAUGCAAAGCUCUCAUUGAAAGCAAUUUACCAGCUAUUGCCCUAA